AGGCUCCGAUCGGAUGGAAGGGAUGACAAUCUAGGCACUUGGACUGUUACGAUCCUUUCACCAUGAGUGGAAAGCGGAUAAGACUUUCGCAAGGAUCGCGCGAAAAACUCCACUUGGCGUCUUUCUGGCCUUUAACAUGUGCUAGCAAGUUGCAGGCAUGUUUGCUUACACCAGGAUGGCUCCAGCGACCAUGUUCACGUCGGGAAUAUUCGGACGUUAGGAGGCACGAUCCGAUUGCUGCUUGCAGUUUGGGCAAGCAGAUCAAAGGCGGACACUGUUUGAUCACGUCGAGACUGUGUCAGCUCUCAAGGUUCAACUUGAUUUCCAGAUCUGCUCGGGUUUCAAGGAACCAGGCCGGAGGUGCGAGCGAUCCAGGGCAGAGCGAAGGGAGCCCUUCCUCUGACCGAGAUGAAUCUCGAGUGAUGAACAACCAACAUGCAAGUGUUGAUGAAAUGCGCCCCUUCAGAAAGAGUGAGAUUUAUCCGCGAAUCAUCACCACUAGUAAGUUGUUGGGAGAGACAACUAUAUCUGUGGACAAACCAGCGUUGGUUCUGGUCUCUCUUAUACAUUCCAUUCUGACCAAGUGGAUUGAAGUGGAACAAACAAUGCAAUCAAGCGUGCAGGACCAUAAAGAAAAUGCAGAUCCACGUGUUUUGAUCAAUUCAGCACGGUUGCAUUCCAGAUUCUUGGAUCAUAACGGUGGGAUGCCAACAGAUGCGUUCGAUGAUUCGACUUUAUCGGGUCUCCGCGAGAAGUUCGAAGAUAGCUUGCUUGUUCACAGAGGGAAACCAGGCUUGGAGAUGCACAUGCCCAACCCUUACACUGCGAAUGAACUUCCACCCCAGUUCAAGAAGUAUUCGAAAAACCCCCUGGCUAUCAUGCAAAAUGUUGAUGAAGAUAGGCUUCCUCAUUUUUUCGAAGUAUUGGAGGAGAAUAUCAAGUCUAGCACAUUGCAAGAAAAUUCCUCGAUCCACUCGGCUGUAAAAGCUUCAACCAAGUUGUCAAAAAUUUUGGAAAACAAGGCGAAAAUGAUGUUAAAACAUCCCCAGUGGGGAACUGCAGAUUUUGCAAAACAAAUUUUCCUGGAACAGAGGGGUUAUGAGAUUGGAAUGUCAAUAUACAGGAAAGGGCGAGCUGCAACGGAGAUGAGAGGGAAAGGAGGCUCUAUGUCAGCUGUUGAAAACCUCUUAUUAACUUGGCUGGACGAUGUUCAGUUGGCAGUACGACGCCACCAAGAGGCUUACGUUUCAAGAACUUUCAAACAGGGUGAAUUCGUGCGAUUUUUGAUUGAGUCCCUUUGUUGUUCAGCUGUCGAAGAUCCAGCCUUGAGUCCUUUCAAAGAUGUUGAAAUGUUCAACUACAAUAUGGAGCAAUCAAUCAGCAAAAUCCAAACCCUGCAUGAAUCAGACGAUGAGGGAAUUGGAUUGAUUGGCCCAAUUUUGAUGAGUUUGCCAGCAAGUAAGAUUGCUGUCAUCACAAUUCAUGAACUCCUGUCUUCAUUGCUUUCGGGAGGUGGACAAGUUCAUUUUGUACGCGCUGCUAGAACCGUCGGAGAAGGAAUUCAGGCCGAACUCGGCUUAGAGCACGUCAAGAAAGCUAAGAAUCGAUUUCUCCUCAGCUCUCGAAGGCUGAGCGCUCUUUGUAAAGCGCACGAUGUUCGCAAGUUAAACAAACUCCUCUCACGGUUGGAGAGCCAGCCGCUAUGGGAUGCGAGAAUGCAAGUGAAGGUGGGCGCCAAACUCAUUCAAAUACUGAUGAACAGUGCAAAGUACAAAGGUUCAGCUGCUGUCACGCAUGUUGUGCAAGCACAAAUGUCAAAUAAAGGUAUGAGGAAGAAGGGGUUCUUGGCCCUAGACCAGGAAAUCUUGCAAGAUUUGGAGAAACAACAUGAUUCUGUUGCUGCGCACAAUCCGCUGCUUCUUCCUAUGAUCAUCCGUCCGUUUCCAUGGAUGUCGUUUGAUGUUGGCUGCUAUAUUCAAGCGCGGACAAAGGUUAUGAGGAUUGUUGACAAAGGAUUGCAAGAAGAAUCAUGCCGCAAUCAUGAUCUCUCUAGAAUUUAUGCUGCGCUCGACGUCCUUUCAGGCACUGGCUGGUGCAUUAAUCGUCGUUUACUUAACGUCGUCCAACAUGCAUGGUUGGACGAUAUGAUUUUGGGUGAGAUUCCGCAGAAAGAUGACUUCGCCGUCCCUGAGCUGGAUCCGGACUGCAUUGAUGCUGCCGAGUCCUACUCACAAUACAGAGAAAAGAAGAGGGUAGAGCAAAGAAACAAGGAUCUACACUCCCUCCGCUGCUCUCUGAUCAAUCAGUUGCAUGUUGCCACCACUAUGUCAGAUUUCAAGGAGUUCUUCUUCCCACACAAUCUAGACUUCCGUGGGCGAGCGUAUCCGAUUCCGCCUCACUUGAACCACCUGGGAAGCGACAUCUGCAGAGGGCUGCUCAAGUUUUCCAAGAAGAAGCCAUUGGGAAAGAAAGGAUUCUACUGGUUGAAAGUUCACUUGGCGAAUUUAUUUGGAGAAAACAAGAUCAGCUACGAUGAUCGAGUCAAGUGGACAGAGGAGCGAAUGAGUCAGAUCCUUCACUCAGCUAAGAAUCCUCUGGAUAGUGCUUCAAGGAAGUUCUGGUUAUCUGCAGAUGAUCCAUGGCAGGCUCUUGCUACCAGCAUGGAGAUCCAGGAAGCCAUCGAAUCUGGAGACCCGUCAACCUACCUGAGCAAUCUUCCAGUCCAUCAAGACGGAAGUUGUAAUGGAUUACAGCAUUAUGCUGCGUUGGGAUUGGACGAGAUAGGAGGGGAGCAGGUCAAUCUCGUACCUGGUGAGAAGCCUUCGGAUCCUUACACGACGGUUUGCAAUCGCGUGCUGGAAGCGCUCGAUAUGGACUUGCGUGAUCCUUCCUCUGCAGACCACGAGGUGUCGAAGUUAGUAGACAAGAGGGUCUCGAGGAAAGUCGUGAAGCAGACCGUUAUGACAACCGUUUACGGCGUGACUUUCAUUGGAGCAAGAGAGCAAAUCUACAACAGGCUGUAUGAGGCUUAUGGAAUUCCUGGGACUAAUGAGCUCCAAGAGAACGACCUCUAUCGCGCUUCCAUGUACCUGGCAAAGCUCACGCUAGCUAGUGUUGGAAACAUCUUCGUCGGUGCCAGAAAGACGAUGGAAUGGCUCACGUCUGUCGCUAAGAUUGUUGCAUCAACUGGCCAGCCUGUUCGCUGGACGACGCCUUUGGGUUUGCCCGUUGUCCAGCCUUACUACAAGGAGACCAUGAUGUCAGUGGAGACUGCUGUGCAGAACAUUAGUCUGCUGAAGUGUGAUGAGAACGGACCCAUCAACAAGUUGAAGCAGCGGACUGCAUUCCCUCCCAACUUCGUCCACUCCCUCGACUCCACGCACCUCCUCAUGACUGCGAUCGAGUUCGAUCGGCGCGGGAAGACGUUUGCAGGUGUGCAUGACAGUUUCUGGACGCAUGCUUGCGACUACGAGGAGCUUGCGCUAGUGCUGAGAGAGCAGUUUGUUCACCUGUACACCCAGCCCAUCCUCAAUGAUCUCAAGAACAGUUUCGAGCGGGAUUACCCCACCAUCGGACGCUUGCCGGUACCUCUUAAAGGGAGACUGGAUAUCAACGUGGUGAAGCAAAGCCCGUACUUUUUCAGCUGA